UUCCUCCAGCGACUCCAUCCCUCCUCCCGCGCCUCGUCGUCCCACCGCCCCCGCCGACGCGCCCCCGGUGGCUGCCUCGGCGGACCCGGGAGGGGGCCCGCCGCGUCCGCCGCCCGCUCGGCUCGGCCCGGCCCGGGAGGCGUGCAUGCCCCUGCUGCCCGCCGCGCUCACCAGCAGCAUGCUCUAUUUCCAGAUGGUGAUCAUGGCAGGGACGGUGAUGCUGGCGUACUACUUCGAGUACACCGACACGUUCACCGUGAACGUGCAGGGCUUCUUCUGCCACGACAGCGCCUACCGCAAGCCCUACCCGGGCCCGGAGGACAGCAGCGCCGUGCCCCCCGUGCUCCUCUACUCGCUGGCCGCCGGGGUCCCCGUGCUCGUGAUAAUAGUGGGAGAAACUGCAGUGUUUUGCCUACAACUGGCCACGCGGGAUUUUGAAAACCAGGAGAAAACUAUUUUAACUGGAGAUUGUUGCUAUAUAAACCCACUGGUGCGGCGAACUGUACGAUUUCUGGGUAUUUAUGCGUUUGGGCUCUUUGCUACGGAUAUUUUUGUAAACGCCGGGCAGGUGGUCACAGGGAAUCUGGCUCCACAUUUUCUUGCCCUGUGUAAGCCCAACUAUACGGCGCUUGGAUGUCAGCAGUAUACGCAGUUCAUAAGUGGGGAAGAGGCCUGCACGGGCAACCCCGAUCUCAUCAUGAGAGCCAGGAAGACGUUCCCAUCCAAAGAAGCGGCUCUCAGCGUCUAUGCAGCCAUGUAUCUGACAAUGUACAUUACCAACACAAUCAAAGCCAAAGGAACAAGACUUGCUAAGCCCGUUUUAUGUUUGGGCUUAAUGUGUUUGGCCUUUCUUACUGGACUCAACAGAGUAGCAGAAUAUCGAAAUCAUUGGUCAGAUGUGAUAGCAGGCUUUCUGGUUGGAAUAUCUAUAGCAGUAUUUCUGGUUGUGUGUGUGGUAAAUAAUUUCAAAGGAAGACAACCAGAAAAUGAACAUAUACACAUGGAUAAUCUGGCACAGAUGCCAAUGAUCAGCAUUCCUCGAGUAGAAAGUCCCUUGGAAAAGGUAACAUCUGUACAGAACCAUAUCACCGCCUUUGCAGAAGUCACAUGAUAGUGAAGCAGAUGGUUUGUCACUGCAUUGGACAUCGUCCCUGUUCACCGUCCACUCAUAACACCCAAAGUUUGUUUGAUUACAACAGAAGUUUAUAAAGUUGUCUAAUAAUUUUUAUAAUUUUAAAAUCAGUGUCAACUCAUCUUUUUCCCCCACUAGACUGUGAGCUCCUCAAGGGCAGGACUGUGUCUUUCUUCUCUGUAUCCCCAGCACCUACAACAAAGCCUCGCACAAAGUAGGUGUUAAGUAAAAUGUGACGACCCAAUGAAAAGAUUAAUUCUUAAAUAAAACACUCAUAUUAGUCUCUCGCAGAAUCACCGAUACUAUGUGAAAAGAAACUUACACAAGUCAUCUUGUAUAAGAAAUCCCUCCAUUUGGGGCUAGUUAGGUUUUUUAGUUGUUCGUAGAUCUAUUCAGCAGUAUACCACAUUUCAUUUGAAGUGGACUUUGAAAGUCAUGGGGGUUUUAUGUUAUUAUUCAGCAUGACAUUAUUUCCAUUCUAACAGAUUUCAGUGUGUGAAAUUACUUUACUUUUAGAAGGUAUGUUCUAUACUAAAAUAAUGUUUGCACAUAAUAUUAUGCUAUAUUUCACUUAAAUUACCAUUCAUACUAUACAUUCUAAGACUGGUGCUUCUGCUUUUGAAGGGGAAUAUGCCAAUUUUUACUGUAAUAAGUAAUGUAUCAUAAUUAAAAAUUAUUUAUUUGGACUUUUGUUCCUGACAAUUGUGGUUUAAUUGUUGACUUGCGGAUUUGAAUGCAGGCAGUGCUUAGGGUAUUUUAAGUGACAAAAUCUAGCAGUGGUCCCUAUGUAUUGAGCAAUUUUCCACUGAUAAAAGCGUCUCUGGAGGAGGGAAAGGCUCCAUUCUUGGGCUUUUUACUACUCAAGAUUCCUCAUAAUUUAAACAGGAAAGAACCACACUCUGACACAUAAGUUAAAAUCUAUAAAUGCCAGAAAUGCAGUUAAUGCAUUUUACGUUGCAUUUGUAUAGUACUUUAUAGUUUAUAAGGCACAUUUUCAUUUAUAAUUUUACUUACUCCUUACAGUAACCUUGUGUAAUCAUUGAAAAUGGCUUUUGUUUCUAAAUGAGAGAAAUAAAGCCAAGGUAAGGUAAAUAAUGUGCCCAAUGUCAUACAAAUAACUAGUAGGAGGCAGUUAAAAUUUAAAUUCAGGUUUUCUGAAUUUAAAUUUCUGAACUAGUUAUUUUCUAAUACACCACAGCUAUUGUAUCAUUUUGGACACAUUGAAAUCUUCCAGAGGUCAGUAGAGUCCUGGACAACUACCUAUGAUGUUAAAAAAAUGAAGAAAUACCAAAAUAGAGUUAUAAGAGCUAUGUUGUAUUUGAAAUAUUUGUGGUUUAAGAAUGAACACUUCUCAAAUAUGCAACUAUAUGGUAACCUAUUUUUAAUUUUCUUUAAAAAUAAUGUCAAGAGUCUAGAUGUGAGGUCUUUUGUAAAGUUGAAAACUAAAUCAGGUAUCUCUCCUGCACUCCUCACCCCAGUGCUCUAAACCCCGGCCCUCAGGAGAGACCCCAAAGGAUGCACCUCACACUGAGCAUGUGAAAUUAAGGAUGAAACCAUGUCAGUAUAAGGAAGAUGGACCUGGCUGUGAUUACACCAUUAAAUGUACUCUUCUACCGUAACUCCACAAUUUUUAAAGACACCCUGAGUAGCUUUGUCUAAUAUGAGCAGUAGUUAGUUGACAGAAAUGAAUCUUCUCCACCUUGACAGUAAUAAAAAAUAAACUUCAAAUUUUCUCUAUAAUUUCAACAGAAAUCUGCAAAUAAAUACAACCAAAGACUUGUCCAGUAUUCCCCAAAUAGAUAUUACUUGCUCUUUUCCAUCACUAUGGGAGUUAAAACACUUUUUGUAGGGCCAAAAGCAGAAAAUCCAAAUUUCUACCAAAUUCAGACUUCUACAGCAAUUCAACAUUGUUGGAAAUUUAAAACACAAAAGAGGUUCGAAUGCCUUGAUCCUCUUUAAUGACCUUUUUAGGCAAUAACAGUAAUAGAAAUGGAAGUGAAAAGGAUGAUUGUAAUGUCUUCAGACGCAGGAUUACCAGUAAGACUUCUGGAGUUAAAUCACUUUUAUAGAUUCUAGAAUCAGUUUUCCAAUGAGCCAAUUUGGAAUGUUUUUCUUGUUGGACGCCUUAGCUAUACAUUCAUGUGUAAAUGUUGUGUCUUUGCACCUUGUUAAACCAGGUUCAAAUGCAGGAGUUACAGACAUUCCUCAGAAACCCAGAUUUUAUCUAGGAUCUGCAUCCGUUCAUCUCUAACGCGAAAUGUCAUGGGCCUAAGAUUGUGCACUAAAUGAUCCUGCCAUGACAGAAAUUCAGAAAAAAUAAAAAGAUACACACGCAUAAG